CAAAAGAGAAGGAAGGAAGGAGAGGCGGAGAGGAAAGAGAAAGAGGAUCGUCUCGGCUCGUCGUCUUCUAGCUAGGGUUCGUAAGUUCUAGGGUUUGCGAUGAUCCCCAACUCCUCCUCCCUCUAGUAUUUCGAGCGAAUUCUCCAACACUUUCACCCAGCCGCGCGCGAGAGGAGAAGGAAGAUAGAUAGAUAGAUCGCUCCGCACAUACUAUGGUGCUCACCCCAUCGCCGUCUCCACCGCCGAUGCUCCCCAAGAAGCUCCGCGCGCUCGGUCCAGGCUUGAAUCCCUUUGCUCCCUUCGGCAUGGGUAACUACUAUUCCUCCUCUCGCUAAUAUAUUUCUCCUCGCUCGAUCCAUCUUCCCCCACCUCCCCCCUUCUCAAACAAUUAAUCCCCUUCCCGAUUCGAUUCGAUUCGGUUCGGUUCGCUUUCGGACUCGGUUUCAAUUUCGAUUCUCCCUCCGUCGUCGCGGCCCUAUUCUAGCCGCCCCCUCCCCUCCGCUCGAUUGCCUGCCUCCGGAUGGUGCAAUUCCGCAGCUCUCUCAGCAUGAGCCGGGCACGGACCCGCCACGGCGAUGGCGACGACCGCGGCUGGAACCAGCUCCACGUCGCCUCCCGCAAGGGCGACCUCAACCAGGUGAGGCGUCUCCUGGAUGAUGGCAUGGAUGUCAAUGCACCUGCAUGGGGGCCAAAAUCACCUGGCGCUACCCCCCUGCAUUUGGCUGCUCAGGGUGGACAUGUUAAAAUCAUGGACGAGCUACUGGAGCGGGGUGCAAAUAUUGAUGCUCGCACAAAAGGAGCUUGUGGAUGGACCCCUCUACAUAUUGCUGCUAAGGAAAGGAACAAAAGAGCUGUCAGGUUUCUGAUUGAGAAUGGUGCAUUCUUGCCACCUGACAUGAAUGACCACAGGUUCAAUCCUCCUCUCCAUUACUGCUCUGGAUUGGAAUGGGCAUAUGAGAUGAAGCGCAUGCAAGACGAAAGUGAUUCGACCGGUGAAACUUCUCUGGGCUCGGAGAGCUAGAGGAAAGCAAUCUCCUCAGUCUGGCAAAGAGGUCAAUCUUGGAUCAACAGAGUUUGUAAACAUCAAGGGUCACGUUUACUUUGUGAAAUUGGAACGAAUUACCAUGUGAAUCUUACAUGCGACAUGGUACUAGCAUGCAUUGCGAUGUUGUUGUGGGGUUACUUGUGUUUUCGAUAAUUGCAUUGUGUUCUUACUACACUGGUAGCAUGUAUUCUACUACACAUUCUUAAUAUCAGAAUCAAUAUCCGGUUUGCGUCCUAUGACA